CGGAUCUUCGUAGGACCCUGACAUCGUCGUGGAUAAUCGUCUUUAGAUUUCCAUGUAGCACACUCAGUUACAGUGCUAGUCCGUCACUGGCUUCCAGAUAGGUUUAUCAGUUUCGGGAGUGACAUGUCACUCAGUGUGACAAGACGAACAUACCAGUAGCAAUAAACUCAGUGGUGGACUGAGGAGGACGGCGAAGCCCCAACGUACUGUAGAUCUCCUUCCAAUCACUCCAACUCCAGCACUUCAUGUGUUAUGAUGCUCAGAGGUCUGACAGAGCCACACUAACUACUAUACCAAUACUUUCUAAAGCCCGGUAAAGGAACACUAACUUGCAUAACUUCUAAUAAUGGGGGCAUCAGAUGACCAGUCCAAGCAUGAACUGAACGAUCAUCAACCGAUCAUCAGUGUUGCCCAGCAGCGUGACUCCUACAAGGCCGUAUACCUGUGGCUGAUGCACUUCGGCGUCUGGCUGCUGUUCGAUGCCGGCGCAAAACUACCCGCGACUCUGAUCGCUGACCAUCCUGGUUCAAGAAUGUACCUUGUUCUCUCUAGUCUGACAGUUAUGUUAUCAUUCCUAGGCCUGGGUGGUUCUCUAACCUGUCCUCUGUGUGUUCUGGGCAUCGUUCUUGCUAUUCCCUAUAUUCUACUGCUGGCAACUCACCUAGGUUUUAUUGUGCCUACUUUCUUUCACACGUUCAGCAUGCUGCACAAGGCCGCCUAUGACGCAUCUCACUGCUUCUGGGUGGCCCAUUGCCACUGUGCACGCUGCCGUGGCGACGUGGUCGGCAUGGUGGGCGCCGAACGCUUUGACGAUCACACGCUGGAGCUGGUGCGCAUGUACGUGAGUCCUCGCAUGCGCCGUCAGGGCCUCGGGCGCCAGCUGUCGGCGAAGGUGACGCAGUUCGCAAAGUCCAACGGCUACCGGCACUUGCGGCUGACGACACUGGGAAUGUUCACCAGUGCCAUCCGCCUCUACACGCAGCAGGGCUACCGGGAAAUAAACAAGGUGCCAUACCCCUCGUCCUGGAUGGCUACCAUCACAUACAUUACCGAUUUUAUCCGGGAAGUAUGACACUGGACGCCAUCUUUACCUAGGACAUCAUGCUACAUCUCAGUUUCAAGCUGUGCAGGUUGCUGCAGUGGAUACAGCCAAAAGCCUGUGCACUCAUGGCUGGCCGAGUUCUCUACGAAGGAAGGUAUGCUUUGCGGUAGUCAUGUCUGACUGCGUUUGAAGUGCGUUUUCAUGCGCAACACAGCACGCACACUGCCGCUAUGUGUUGAUAUUGGAAUAUCUCAUAGUGAAAUACGCAAGAGUUGAGAACUUGGAGACCCCACGUGAGUGAUCAAUAUGGCUGUGCCAUGUAUUAGUGACACAAUAGUGGCUGGAGAUUGCAUGCAGCAGGGAAUGACCAGCAUGUUAUCAGUUGGCAUCAUGCCUUUAUAGUACCCUUCCAAACAAACCAUAGAUCAUUUGAGAUACCUUUUUCUAUAGUUAUCUGCUGAAGAUUUCCCGAUUCGGGAACACAAUACUCUGAAAUGAGUCUACUGUUAUAUUCUUAUUCGCUUUCGCUAUUAUAUUUAUAUUUCUGACAGUCCAGCUUC